GCCUUGCCCCCAGCUCCGAUGCUACUUCCAGCGCUUUACUACGGAUUGGGGAAGGUCGGGGCUUGCGGCCUGUGAAGGCCCCGGCCCCCCCGCCCCCGGCUGCAUUUGGAUCCCGUAGCCCCGCCCAGAGCUCCGGGGGUGUGGGGACGGGCUGGGGCGAGCUCCCGGGCCAGUUCGGGGAGUCUACAACUAUCCCGGGCCUGGGCGCUGUCCAGAGGAGUCGGGUCUCCGGAAGGGAAUCACGGCCUUCGUAGGGACCGCAGUAACUCCUGUGGCAACAGAGCGGGACUAUCCCUCCCCUAGGCUGGAGACUCUUGCCCGUGGCUACCAUUUCCUGCCCCAGCUCAACAUCACCUUCACAUUCCCCUUCACUUUCAACCAUGAGGUCCUUUUUAGUCAUGUUCCUCGUAGCCAUCAUCAUCAUGACCAAGCAAUUUGCCCAAGCCCUGAAUUGCCAUGUUUGUACAGCUAAUGAAAAUGACUGUUCGAACCCAAUGCAGUGUCCUGGACUAGCCAUCUACUGCAAGACCAUUCGGGCCUCUUCUCCAGCUCUGGUCUACAAAUCCUGUGCGGCCAUCUGCACCAAGGAUAGCAUGGAGGAAAUUCAAAUAAAACAAAAUGCCAAGGUGUCCUGCUGCCAGUCAGACCUGUGUAAUGGGGCUGCUUCCUGGAACCCGGGAUCCUCAAGCCUCAUCCUCACGGGGCUUCUCAGCAUCUUCUGGGGCCUGUUUGCUCUUGGUCUCUGAGCUAUAGCCAGCAGACCCACAGGUGGAUAAAUUAACUUCCUUUCCCUCCUUUGCAUUGAUAGCUCAGCCUGGCUCCCAGGUGAGAGAGGGAGACUAUGCUCCUGUCCUUCCUUUGUCACUAGGUCCCACUCAGAGCACUGGGCUGUUUCCAGCCCUCCAUCACCUACCAUCCCCCACUGCUAUGUCUCUGUUUGGCUUUCAUAUCAGUAGAAUAGCCCUGGCCAUUUUCCAGAAGGUCGAAAAUGAUUCUUAUGACACAAUUUUGAUUUGGAAGGAAAUCACAAAAUCCCAGAUUUAAAAGGGACUCUAGAGAGCAUCCCAUGCAACCUUCAUUUGAGCAGCAAUCCCCUCUGUUAUAUCCCUGACAGGCUCUCAUUCAGCGUUGACUUGAAGAAUGCCGGUUGUGGGAAACUCCCUAUCUGUUGGGGCACCCCGUUCUACUUCUGGACAGUUUUAAUUGGCAGGAAGCAUUUCCUUAUAUCCAGUCCAAAUCUUCCUCUCUGCAAUUUUUAGACCUGGUUCCUAAUUUUGCUUGCUAGGACCAAGCAGACCAAGUCGAAUCUGUCACAUAUCUGAAGACAGCUAUAGUUUCCGUUCUCUUUUGCAAGUUAACGCUCCUAUCCCUCCAACCCCAGUCCUUGCAUGGCAGGAGACCUCACAGAUCAUUCUAUUUUAGCCUCGCCUCAUUUUACAGAGGAGGACACUGAGCUUUAAAGAAAAAUCCUUGCUUGUCUAACAUAGGUAGGAAAUGACAAAGGUGAGACUUGAACUCAAGAUUUUUGACUUCAGAUCUAGUUUUGUUUAUUCUCUUUGCUGUGGAAGAAAUACCAGUCUCUGGUCCCCUUCCAGGACACUCCUCAAAUUUCCAGUUAAUUUAAGGUUUGAGGAAUAGGUUAAAGAAGGCUAGAAGUGGAAGGAGAAGAAAAAUCUCUUGAAUCCCUCUUGUUCGUUGUGGAGUUCAGGGGAGUGACAACACAGAAUCCCAACAGCUGCUCCUGGGCUGGCUCUCUCCCCAAAGUCUCAAAUGUUUAUUGGUCUGUCAGAUGUCACCCCAGGCUCUUUCUACAAAAGGGAAGGCAUGGGGAAAGCAGCCAGGCUAAUGUUGACCUCUGGAGGGAAGGGAAGGGAACAGAUCAUAUUGGGGCUUUUUUUAGCUGCCUGACUCAGCCCUGGGAUGAGAAACCAAGGCCCUUGUCCCCAGGGCAUCUCUCCCACUCCCCCCUCCUAGGUGAGAAGGCAAACAUGACUACGCCAGUAACCUCUCCUAACAGAAGUAGGAGAGGCUGAAGUUAUAGGAACAGGAGGCCCGCUAAAACAGCCCAGUGACACUCCAGGCUCAACUAACAACCUCUGGCUACAGAUAUGAGGCUCCGUGGGAUUAGCUACCCCUCAUGGAGAAGUAGAAAGCACGUUUGGUGGUCCAUCCUCUGGAGUCAAAGAGCCCCUCAUUUUUUUACAGCUGAGAAAACUUCCCAAAAAGAAGGGGAAAGGCAUGCUAAUUAGUAAAUAUAAUAAACUAAAUAGUAAAUAAUAUAUAGCAGAGCAUGGACCAGAACGUAAGUGAAACAAUGCAUAGAGUGCUAAGUCUGAAGUCAGAAACACCUGAGUUUGAUUCCUGCCUUGGUUACUAAUUCUAUGAAUCUGGACAAGUCAUUUCAACUCUGUUUGCCUCAGUUUUUUCAUCUGUAAAAUGGGGAUAAUAAUGGCACUUACCUUCCAGGGUUUGGUGAGGAUUAAAUGACACUAUAUUGAUAAAGUAUCUAACAGUGCUUAAUAUAUGGUAGGCACUAUAUAAAUGCUUGUUUCUUUCCUUCUGAUCCCACCCCCCCAAAUCAAGAUUCUCUGCAUUUUGCCUUUUAUUCCUAGAAAGGAACUUGGUGGUCAUGUAUAAGGCUGCCCUCGAUAUACACAUACAUACAUACAUCAUCAUCAUUAUCAUUGUCUAUUGAGGUCAAUAAUAUAUCCCCCAGAGGUUUGGCUGAGAUGAAUUAUUGACGGGAUAAAAUAUAAACUCCCAAUAUCAUUCAAGGUUCACUCACCAGCUGGUUCCCAUCUACCUGCCAGAUCUUAUUUUAUUGUCCUUCCCUUGCUCUAUGUUCUAGAGAAACUGGACAACCCUUCACCUCUUGUUCUUUGUCUGACAAUCCCCAUCUCUGUGUAUUUUUGUCCAUACCAUCUUCCCCAUCUCCAUCUAUUGAAGACCUUUUUCUUUCACCCUUUAUAGUCCAAUUCAGAUGCCACCUUUUUCCUUGAACCUCCCUCCCUAAUCUUUUCCCUAAGUCACAUGUUGUCCCUCAGAGUCCUAUUUCUUUCCCUCUCUCUGCUCUCUAGAGCCUGAAUUGUCACCCAAAUGGAAGAGAAUGGCAGGCCAUCCCCAGUAAUCUCUCAAAGGUAGAAAUCUAUUCAUCCAGUUAAGGGAGGAAGGAAGGAGGAAGGUCUGCAGGUAAAAUCUCAGCCUUUCUCCCAGACUUUUAUCUGGUCCAUCACUGUACCAAACUGAAGCUUAGACAGACUUUGUAGAUACAAACAAAACAAAAUUAAAGCUAGAUAAAUUAGAAAGAUUUUGUAUUUGGAUAAAUUCAGAGUUAUAUAUGUAUGGGAGACUUCACAGGGACUUUCAAACCAAAUUUGAAGCCUCCUCUCAUUAAGUUCUUAUUUCUUCAGUUAUUCCUGGGAACUCGUCAAACCUUUUUUGUGCAUCUUCUUAUAGACCUACCUUGAAUUAUUGAUGUAAGGUAUGUGAAUACAUCCUGAGUGUUCUCAUUAACCUUUCUCCUCAGAAAAAAAGAAACAUUAGGAAGGCUCCCUCAGAGUCUACUAGUACACCUAACUCAUCCAUGAGCAAAGUAUGACAAUGAUUAUUGAUUUUGCAAGGUAUUAUCUGCUACUCUAACAUAUCCUAUAUUAGAUUGUAAACUCCUUGAGGACAGGUGAGGACAGGCAGUACUGUGUAUCAGACAGAGCACUUGGACUUGGGGUUAUAAGACCUGGAUGUCACUCUGGCUGCUGUAUUUGCUUGACUCUUCAUUGUCAACUUGUCUUCCUCAGCUUCAGUAUCCUUAUCUGUAAAAUAUGGAUACUAACCUUUGCACUGCCUACCUCACAGAGCCAUGUAAGGAUCAAAUAAAAGACACAACAAGUAUUUUACAGCCUAUACACAUGUAAAAUAUUAUCUAAAGUUUGCAUUACUCUGAAUAUCUAUUAUAAACGUUCUUCAUGUAGCACGUGAUGAAUAAAGAUUUGCUGAAUUCAAA